AUUGGACAUCGCGCGAUGACCGCCUCCGCCCCCGCCUCGCCCGCCGCCUCCCCGCCCCGCCGCCGCCGGCACCGCGACGGCUCCCCGCGCCGCGGCGACCACCGCAAGCCCCGCCCGUCGCCGUCCCCGUCCCCUUCCCCCUCCCCCGACCGCGACGCCGACCGCCGCCGCCGCAGAUCUAGGGCUUCCCCGCCCGACCGCGAUGCCGACCGCCGCCGCCGCCACGACCCCAAGCCCUCGGAGGACAACGGAGUCGCCAAGCCCAGCAAGGCCGACGACCCCCCGCGCUCGCGCGCUAGGGUUUCCGACGGGGAGGAGGAGGACGGCCGCCGGGCGAGGCGGCCUAGGGCUUCCGACGACGAGAAGGAGGGCGACCGCCGGCGCAGGCGUCCCAGGGAUUCCGACGACGGGAGGGACGACCGUCGCGGCAGCAAGCGCGACCGCGACCGGGACCGGCGGCGCCGCCGCCGGAGCCCCAGCUCCGAGUCGGGAUCCUCACCCGACGACCGCCGGAGGCGUCACCGCCGUGAUGAGGCCUCUAGGAGGCGGGGGGAGGACCGUGGCCGCGAGGAGCGCCGGGCCAGCCCCGAGAGGAAGGAGCCGACGCCACCACUGCCACCCCCACCGCCGCUGCCGGAGAUGAUCCCCGGCCGCACGGGAGGGAUCUACAUCCCGCCUUUCCGCAUGGCGCAGAUGCUGCGGGAUGUGGAGGACAAGGCGAGCCCCGAGUACCAGAGGCUCACGUGGGAUGCUCUCAAGAAGAGCAUCAAUGGGCUGGUCAACAAGGUGAAUGCCACCAAUAUCAAGAAUCUCGUGCCGGAGCUGUUGGCCGAGAACCUGGUUCGCGGGCGGGGCCUCUUCUGCCAGUCUUGCAUAAAGUCGCAAAUGGCUUCACCUGGGUUUACAGAUGUGUUUGCGGCGCUGGUUGCGGUUGUCAAUACCAAGUUCCCUGAGAUUGGUCGGCUGCUGCUCGUACGUGUCAUGCUUCAGCUCAAGAGGGCCUAUAAGAGAAAUGACAAGCCCCAAUUGCUUGCGGCAACCAAGUUCAUAGCACACUUGGUUAAUCAGGUGGUUGUGCAUGAGCUUGUGGCUCUGGAGCUUCUUACUGUACUUCUUGAUAAUCCAAGUGAUGAUAGUGUUGAGGUGGCAGUGGGGUUUGUGAAAGAAUGCGGAGCAAUAUUGCAGGACUUGACUCCUCAGGGGCUUCAUGCUAUGUUUGAACGUUUCCGAGGCAUUCUUCAUGAAGGUGAAAUAGACAAGAGAGUACAGUUUCUCAUUGAAGGCCUUUUUGCUAUUAGAAAGGCCAAAUUUCAGGGAUUCCCAGCCAUCCGGCCAGAACUGGAUCUUGUGGAGCAGGAGGACCAAUUUACUCAUGAUAUGUCCCUUGAAACUGAACUAGACCCUGAGACUAAUCUAAAUGUUUUCAGAGUAAACCCGAACUUUGCUGAAGAUGAGAAGGCCUACGAGAACCUAAAGAAAAGCAUCCUGGGAGAAGAUGAUGAAGAUGAAGAAGGGUCUGAUGAUGCUUCUGAUGGCGAGGACGAAGAAGAAUCAGAUGAUGAAGAGGAUGAAGAGCAGAUGGAGAUAAGAGAUAAAACUGAGACCAAUCUUAUCAACCUUCGAAGAACCAUAUAUUUGACAAUCAUGUCCAGUGUUGAUUUUGAAGAAGCUGGUCACAAGCUUCUAAAAAUUAAACUUGAACCCGGGCAAGAGAUGGAGCUGAACAUCAUGCUUCUCGAGUGUUGCAGUCAAGAGAGGACAUACCUUCGAUACUAUGGUUUAUUAGGGCAGCGGUUUUGCAUGAUUAAUAAAGUUUUUCAAGAAAACUUUGAAAAAUGUUUCGUGCAACAGUAUUCGAUGAUUCAUCGUCUUGAAACAAACAAGUUGAGGAAUGUCGCCAAGUUCUUCGCGCAUUUGUUGGGUACUGAUGCUCUCCCUUGGCACGUCUUGGCCUAUAUCCGGUUGACGGAGGAAGACACCACGUCUUCCUCCCGGAUUUUCAUAAAGAUUCUCUUCCAGGAAUUGUCAGAGCAUCUUGGUAUACGAUUGCUCAACGAGAGGCUAAAUGAUCCAAACAUGCAAGAAUCCUUCGAGUCGGUCUUCCCAAGAGACCACCCAAAGAACACCAGAUUCUCCAUCAAUUUCUUCACCUCCAUCGGUCUGGGAGGCAUCACGGAGAGCCUGCGAGAGUACCUGAAGAACAUGCCCCGCAUGAUAAUGCAGCAACAAAAGCCUCCCUCCCCGUCCGAGUCGGAAUCAAGCGGAGAAAGCUCCGAUUCAGGGUCCAGUUCUCAGUCGGAAUCAAGUUCCGAUGAGAGCGAGAAAAAGCGAAGGAAGAGAAGGAAGAAGUAGGAAGGGAGAGGAGUCAGGUGGAGAAAGCUUUACUCGAUGCAACACAUCGUCGUCAGUUGUGUUUGGAUCAGCUGCCUAGUUGGACUCUGUUGCGUGUGCAUGUGUAUCAAUCAGAAUUUAGCUGUUGGUGCUUGUUGAAUCCAGGACUUAUCAAUCAGAAUUUAGCUGUUGGUGCUUGUUGAAUCCAGGACUUCACUAUCGAAGCAGCGAGGCCACACCAACCGGAAGAAGUUCGGUUUUUCUUGGUAAAUUUUAGACAACACAGGUUUUGUAUCUCCUUCCGAGUUUUGUAUCUGCUCAAGAAUUUGUUACCUUACCGGUCUGUAUGUUGGUUUGCUACAGCAUUGGUAUAUUUUUUUCCAGCAACGCCACUUAACUCCAAACUCUUUUGUGCCUAAGGAUAAUAAUAUGAACGAUGAAAGUCUUAUGGAA